UGGACGUCUGUAUACCGCGCGCGAGAUACAUGUUUACGGUCACUUUCUGUCUGUGUCUCGGUGUCGUGCAUGUGCUGCUACUGGCUCUCGAGGUGCGAUACAAGUGUUGUGAGGCUCUUCCUUCGAGAUGACGGAAAAGGGAUCCAGGUUUCUGCAGUACAUGGCGGCGUCCACAGGCAAUUUGAAUAUAGUAGCCUGCGGAGCGAUACUGGGAUGGACGAGCCCGAUUCUGCCAAAAUUGGCGGAAGAUAACCCAAUUGCGCCGGACAAUCAGCUGCUAAGGCCGAUAACCAACGACGAGAAAGCCUGGAUCGGUUCCCUCGUGCCCCUUGGAGUCAUGUUCGGCAGCUUCGUCUCUGGCUAUCUUGGAGAAUGGCUGGGACGCAAGAGGUCGAUGCUCAUGAGCACGUUUCCCUUCCUGAUCGGUUGGAUCCUCGUAGGCACAGCCCACGAUAUCAUCCAGAUCUACGCUGGUCGGUUCAUCCUGGGUCUGGCGCUGGCGAUGCCCUUCACUGUCCUGCCGAUGUACAUCGGCGAAGUUUCCGAGGUCGCGAUCAGAGGAACCCUGGGCUCGUUCCUCCAGCUCUUCAUCACCUUCGGCUUCCUCUUCUCCUACUCGGUGGGGCCGUUCGUCUCGUACACGGUGUUUUGGCUGCUCUGCGCUAGUCUACACGUGGCCUUCUUCAUAGGCUUCAUGUUCAUGCCGGAGUCGCCGCAUUUUCUCCUGAGCAAAGGCCGCGAAGCAGAGGCAGCCGAGGCCCUCGCGCGAUUUCGCGGAAAAAGCCUCGACGGUGUCCGCAAGGAGAUGGAGGAGAUGCAGGCGGAGAUCGAAGAGGCCUACAGGAUAAAAGCCAGCUGGAACGACGUGUUCAAGGUCAAAGUCAACAUCAAGGCCAUCGUACUGACGAGCAUACUGAUGUCCUUCCAGGAGUUCAUGGGUAUCGACGUGGUGCUCUUCUACGUCGAGGACAUAUUCCGCGAAGCCGGUACCAGCAACACCGCCAUUUCCGCCAUCAUAAUCGGCUUCGUGCAGAUGAUCUCGUCCGUCAUCACGCCGAUCGUCGUCGACAGGUCUGGCAGGAAAAUUCUCCUGGUUAUAUCGAGCAUCGGAAGUGGCAUCACUGUGGGAAUCCUCGGCGCCUUCUUCUACCUGAAGAACAAGACGGACUUCGACACGACGACGAUCGGUUGGGUACCAUUGGCUACUUUGGUCGUCUACAUAAUCGCCUACAGUAUCGGUUGGGGUCCGUUGCCCUGGACAGUCAUGGGUGAGAUGUUCGCACCAGCCGUGAAGCCCAAAGCCUCGUCGAUAUGCGUCUUCGCCAUCUGGUCCUUCAGUUUCCUGCUGACCAAGUUCUUCACCAACGUCACACCCGACGUGGGUUUCUUCUUCUUCGCCGCCUGCUGUGCCGUCAAUAUAGUCUUCAUCGUCUUCAUGUUCCCCGAGACUAAGGGCAAGACUCUGGCGGAGAUACAGCAGAAGCUGAGCAGGGGGAGGAGUAAGGCCGAGGAAAUCGGUGAGGAGAGUUCGAUCAGGAAUUCGGUAGCUGGGGCUGAGAACAAAAUGGUCAUCUACGGGGAUCUGGGAGAGGGUAAGGAGAGAGAGUUGACGAGAUAUUAGGCUGGAGAGGAUGAGGAAUGCCGAAAAGUAUUGUGAUAUAUUGUGCGUGUAAAUAAGUGAUAUGUACAUUGAGAUGAAUGUAAUUACUGUUAGACCUGUAUGAGAUUUAGCGCGGCUGCCGUUGAGUGAUUUGAAAUCACGCGUCCACGUACCAACGAAUCGCUAAUGUGCUAUUAGCGAGUUGUUGGUAAGAUAUUUUGUAAAUAAAAAAAGAAUUUAUUUUUCAAAUGAUCGAAUUGCGCUAAGAGUGUUUCGUGAACUUGAGAAUCUGUUAGGACAAUUCUUAGCUGUAUGCCAGACAUUGAUAAUAAUUUAUUCAAAUCUUAUCGUUAAUGUUAAAAUUGUAACAAAAGUAAGAACAAUAAACGUAUUCUCUUCGA